AUGAUAGACUAUUUAGGUUUAAAUGAGGAAUAAAAUAGUAUUCCGACGCUAAUAUUUGAAUCUCAAAAUAUUUCUAUUAAUUAGUUUGACUUAAGUUAUGUGGGAAAGUACAAUCAAUAUAGCUCUCUUACAGUUGUUACUUUUCAAGGCUACAGUCAAGUUUAUUUGAAGACUCUGAAUCUUAUUUAAGUAAAAGAUCUGCAACAAUCUUUGCUAUAAUUUUGCUCUUAUCAAAAUAGCUAAAGAUCUCAAUAAGUUAAUGUUAAAGUUAAUAUUGAUUAAAUCAACAUCUAAAAAAUUUUUGUAGCAUAAAAAAAGGUUUCUGCUUCAUCAAUAUUUACUGGACUGGAGAUAAAACCUGUGCUAUUUGAUUUAAACUGUGAUGAUUCCACAGAAUUUCUAAUGCAAAAUGUAUAAAUUAAAAGAAUUGAUGUAUUUUCUUAUAAUGUCAGAUACGGUUUAUUAUUAAUCAGUAACAGCGGUUAGUCUACACUUAUAGAUUCAAUUGUGUUUCAUGACUCAAAAGAUUAGAAGGUUUAAAAUUUAUGGAAUUCUUAUGGAAUGUUUGUUUUUUAUGAUAGUUAAAAUUUAGGCAGUUCCCUCUAAAUCAAUAAUAUAGAGCUUCCUUAAAUUAAUUACAUUAGUGGGUAAAAUGGAAUUAUAAGUGUAGAUAGAUAUAAAAGUGUUCUUAUUUCUAAUAUUAAUAUUACUUCAUCACAGUAUUUUCAAUCAUAUUAAGGUGGUCUAAUAACUGUUAAUAAUGCUAAUAAUGUUAGUAUUUUUAAUAUUUCUGCUAUUAUUUAUCCAUCAUGCUAAUUUAAAAGUAUGUUUGGAGGUUUAAUUCAUGUCUAGGCAUCACUAAAUACUAAUAUAUCUAAUUUUUACUUUAAUUAUUAAAAUUAAUUUUCUGAUGAAGUGUAACAUUCAGGAAAUCAAGGAGGCAUUCUUUAUAUAUAUGGUGGUGAUCAAUCAAUAAUUAAUUUAUCUCAUAUCUACUCAUAAGGUUUACUCAGUUCUUCUGCUGAUGGUGCCUUUUCAUAUUUACAAUGUUAGAGUGCUUUAUUGCAAGAUAUUUAUGUGUCAAAUUUUACUUCAUUAAAAAAUGGUGGAGCAUUUUUCUUAGAUUGUGCUAUUUAAAUGAAUAGGGUGCUGCUUCUGGGAAAUAAAAGCCUUUUUGCAGGAGGAGCUAUUUUUGGAGGAAAGAUUCUACCUGCUUAAGAAGUUUUUAUUAAAGAGAAUGAGUCAUUAUUUGGCGGUGGAAUAUAUUUGAUGACUAAGAAAAUUAUACUUGAAGGUAUUAUUUUUGAAAAUAAUUUAGCCUUGAUAAAAGGUAACGACGUGUGUAAAUUUAUUACAGAUAUUAAAAUCACAUAAAUAGCUGAAUAUAAUUAAUAUUUAGAACCACCAUAUCAAAUAAAGAAAUAUACUUUUAAAAAUGAGUUUGAUCAAGGUGAUUAUCAAACAGAUAGAAUGUAUAAUGGAUUAACUUAUUUUGCUGCUUUUUCUGUCAAAUUAGAGGGUGAGCUUGACUGGAUCCUUGAUAUAAAAAACCCGAACGUCAUAAUACAUAAUUUAAAUGACCUAACACCAAUAGUGAUUGGGCAGGAUAUUUUCAACUAAAUCCCAAUAUAAGCUACAUAAACGAUUCCAUUAAAAAUAAACAAGCUUUUUUUUUCUUUUUCUCUAUAAUAUGAAAGUACAGAAACAUAAUUUUAUGGACUUUUUACUCUUUUUAAUACCAGUUAUAUAGAUUAUCUACCUGGAUUUAUUAUAGAAUCAAAUAUUACUUCCAAUUGCUCUAACGGAAUGAUACAAUAGACUUUUAAAAAAUCUCAAUAUUGUUAAUAUUGCUUAGAUUCUGUAAUAUAUUAAAAUAACGCAAAUAAGAUAGCAACCAGAUGUCUUUCAUGCUCAAAAGAUUAUUUUGAUUCAUGCUACGCCGACUAUUCCUCAUUAAAAUAAGGUUUUUGGAGAUAAAACCUUACCGUAGAUUCAUCAUAAAUCUUCCCUUGUUCUAUAAGCAGAUCUAACUGUUUAGGAGGAAAUAAAACAGGAGAUUUUAUAUGCGCAGAAGGUCAUAUUGGAGUUGAGUGUUCUGAAUGUGAUCUGUAUAAUAAGUUAGGUAAUGGAUCAUAUAGUAGGAAAAAUUUAUCUUAAUGCACUAAAUGUGAGAAUAUUUCGAAUAAUAUUAUCAAGAUUAUAUCCCUAUUAAUUUUAGUAUUUAUAGUAAUAUUAAUCAUUUUCAAAACAAAUUUUAGAUAGUAAAAAAAUUACAUUUACAAGAAAUAUUUAUCAGAUAUGAAAAUCAUCUAUUUAGGAAAAUCAUACUACAGACUAGGAUAAAGCGGUUCUUAUAUCAAGAUUCUUUCCUUUUAUUUCUAAAUUAUCAAUAUUUCCUCUUAUUUUAAUAAUGAUUAUGGAUGGACAAAAGCUUUUAGCUUUUAGUAUGGUUUAUACAAUCCAGUGGCAGAUUCUUUCUUUUCUUUUGAUUGUUUUUUAUCUAAAAUAAAUGAAAACCCUGAUUCAAUCAUGUACAAAAAGAUGGCAAUAGUAACCCUAACACCUUUUUGCAUAGUUUUUAUUUGCAUAAUUCCAAGUCUUUUGAAGAAGUUCUUUAGCAAAUCAAGCAUUAAAAAUUUCUAAUAUUCUGCAUCUCUAAUUAUCUCUUAUGGUUUUACGAAUCUCUUUUGCAUUCCAGUAAUAGACGUGCUAACUUCAGGAAUGCUCUGCCGUACUUUUAAUAAUGGCCAAUCAUAUUCAAUACUUGAUUUUAAUAUUGAAUGUAAUAAUACAAAUCGACUAGUCUUUUUAUUUAGCUUUGUGGUUCCGUUUAUUUUAGUUUACUCUAUAAUUAUUCCAGGGAUUUUGUUUUACCUUCUUUACAAAAAUCGUGAGAAUCUUGAUAAAAUCAGUUUUCGCUUUUUGUUAGGUUUCUUGUAUGCUGACUUUAAGCAAAAGUUUUAUUAUUGGGAAUAUUUAAGGUUUAUUUUGAAAUUAAUAUUAAUCAUGACAGUAUAUAGUUUCCUAUCAUUUAUUUAUCUAAUUGGGUUUGUUUCUCUUGCAGCACUGAUACUCUAUUUAAUAUUUCUAGUAAAAAAAUAUCCUUAUAUUACUAAAAAGCUUAAUGAGAUGGAAAUCAAAUCAAUUGUAAUAGGUAGUCUGUUAGAUAUGUGUUUCAAUUAUGCAGCCUUUUCUUUAUAAACUUUAAGAUUACAAAUGCUAUUUAUGGAUAUAAAAAUAUGUGAAAGCGCUAAGGUACAAUAAAUACACUGA